CUUAAAAUUUAAAAUGAUCUUGUUUUGUUUGUAACAGCUGUGUGAGAAAAGGCUGAAACUAAAUUCUAUAUAUAUGCAUGUUUGGUCAUAACUGUUAUGUUCCUACUAGUGUACAUUGUUUUGAGGUGUGUACAACUCUCUAUAUUCAGAAAUAACUAAAUUGUAAUAUUAAAUGUAAGUUAUACAUUAAAAAUGAAGUUAUAAAUAGCUCAGCCCUUAAAGGGUUAACAAGUGAUUGAAAAAAAAAAAAAAGAAGAAAAAAAAAAAGGCACCAGUUUAGAGGACACAUAGGAAACCACUAUUUUUCUCUAACUGGCUCACUCUGCUCCUGGCUCACUUUUCUCUAACUGGCUUUCCAAGAAGACCCCACACAGUCACUGAAGAACUGCAUGAAUCAAAGUUUAUGAAAACAUUUAAAAUACAUCACCAUCUUCAAAAAUGGUGGUCACUGUAAAUGUAACCAUCAAAUCCAACUUUUCAAGCUUUGAAAGUGAUGUAAACAUCACCAUCUCAAAAUACUCUGCAUUCAAUGAGAAUGCAGACAAGGUUAUCCGCUGGGCAUCAGUUGUUAUUCUUUUUAUCACCAUGGUGUCUCUUGGAUGCACAAUGGAAAUCUCAAAGAUCAAGAAUUAUCUCAUCAAACCCAAAGGGGUGGCAAUUGCAGUUGGGGCUCAAUACGGUAUAAUGCCCCUCACAGCCUUCUGCUUUGCGAAGUUGUUUCAGUUGAGUCCUAUGGAGAGCUUAUCUGCAUUAAUUUGUGGGUGCUGUCCGGGAGGAAACCUCUCCAACAUCUUUGCUCUCGCCCUCGAGGGAGACAUGAACCUCAGUAUUGUGAUGACCGCGUGUUCCACGGCACUGGGAUUGGGUAUGAUGCCCCUCCUGCUCUAUCUGUACAGCCAGGGUAUCUCAAACCUGGCAGAAUAUGUUCCUUUCACUAAUAUCACUAUUGCCAUGAUUAUGAACCUGGUGCCCUGCGGUAUUGGGAUCCUGAUCAACUACCGAGUGCCCCAGUAUUCUAAGAUCAUCACCCAGGUUGGGUUGGUGCUUCUGCUGAUCUCAUGUGUUGUCAUUGGUGUUCUUGCUGGUGUAUCUGAUGGAGGAAAAAUUUUCAAAGUGCUAUCCCAUCAAAUUAUAGUCACAGCUGCAUUGAUGCCACUGACUGGAUUCAUAUGUGGAUAUAUAUUGUCCACUCUGUUCAGCAUGAAUGCUCCUUGCAGACGGACUGUUUCUAUGGAGGUGGGUUGUCAGAACAUUCAGCUGUGUACCACAAUCCUGAAGGUGGCCUUCCCUGCUGAGCUCAUUGGUCAGCUGUAUUUCUUCCCUGUCAUUUAUAUUGUGUUCCAGAUAGUCGAGGCACUUAUCCUCAUAGUCCUAUUCAGAUGCCAUCAGAGACUGAGACCAUCCUUAAAAGAAACAGAAGAGUACACAGCAGUGGAAAGAGCAGCUGAAGAAACCAAUGGGCCCUCUUACAGUGACAUCUGAGGACCCCCGUAGUGCUUAUGAAGCUCAAAAUGGACUCAAGGAAUUUAGGGCCAAAGUACCAUGCAUGCUGGGGCCAGGGGGAAUGAUAAACAAUAUGAAGGAACAACUACAUGUUUUGUUGUUCCUCCUUAAAAACAUGUGCAUAAUGCCAAACAGUUUUAGUUCAGAGUAUGUUAAAAAUAGUUAACUUUACUGUACAAAUGUAUUAGAAUAAAGGUAUUUUUACAAUUGAAAACAUAUUUUUAUGGCUUAAACACAUUGAAUAGUUAAAAAAAAGAACACUUUCAGUUUCAAAAAUAUUGCACCUGUUUUAAGACUACUGAAAAGCAGUUACUUUUGUACUGUUGUGUAACCUCAUAUUAGACAAUGCAUUAAUAAACCACUUACUGUCUUAUUUUGAACACUGACUUAUUAUUUGAGCAAUGUAUGUAAAAUGCUAUUUGAUUGUACAU